AUGGUGGCUAUGACUUUAUGGGCUGACAAAGAUCGGCCAUAUUUCUCGCCGAUUCAUCCCGAGAAACCCACAGUUUUGUCUGCGGUUUGGUCUCUGCCAUUAUUGACGAACGCAGUAACAAUAAAAUUAACGAAAUUGGAAUGUUCUGCAUACGAUAAAUCAUUUAUUAUUUUCAAAAGCUGUUACUUAAAGGUUUUGGGUCGCAAUAAAGUUAGUGGUAAUAUUUAUGUACGACUGCUAAAACCACCAGUUGAUAAUAUAACGGUUAAUGCUGGCUUUUAUGUUAAAAGCUCUUCACAAAAAUAUAACCCAUUUCUUUAUAAUACUACCUUCAAUUUUUGUAGUUUUGUAAAAAAUCCUAACCGUUUUAUAUUUUGGAAAAUAUUGAUAACAUAUGUUUACGAUUAUUCAAACGUCAAUCAUUCCUGUCCAUACAACCAUGAUCUUAUUGUUUCUGACUUUGUCCUAAGCCCAGAUAUGCUUAAAUAUAUACCAUUUCCAUCUGGCGAUUAUUUGGUAAAAGUUCGUGCAGCUAUAACCAAAGACUAUAAAGGUGAAGUUUUGGCCUACUUUAAUAUAAAGGAGUAA